AAACCAAACCCUAUUACUAAAAAACACUCUCUCUUUCCUCCCCUCCCCUCCUCCCACAACAAUGGCUUCUCCAACCCUAAUCACUCCCACAGCCACCAAACCAAAACUUCUCCCACUACCCAUCAAGUCAAAACUCACCACCACCACCUCCACCCCAAAUGCCACAACCACCACCCCAUCACAACCCCUCCGCCGCCAGUUCGUCUCCCUCACCACUGCCGGAAUCCUCUCCACCGCAUUGCUCCUCCCAGUCACCACCGCAUGGGCCGCUUCGGACGACGAGUACGUGAAGGAGACAGAAGAGGUGAUCAACAAGGUCAGAAGCACCAUCAACAUGGACAAAACUGAUCCAAACGUGGCUGCUGCAGUGGCUGAGCUAAGAGAGACCUCAAACACAUGGGUAUCUAAGUACAGGAAAGAGAAAGCUCUGCUUGGCCGGCCUUCGUUCCGGGAUAUCUACUCGGCACUCAAUGCAGUUUCAGGCCAUUAUAUUAGUUUUGGACCAACGGCACCGAUUCCGGCCAAGAGGAAGGCUAGAAUACUUGAAGAGAUGGACACUGCAGAGAAGGCUCUAUCUAGAGGAAGAUAGAUGAAGGAAAUGAGAGCUAGCUACCUUUGAAAUGGUAGCAAUUUUUUAAUAUUUGUAUAAUAUUUUUAGUGUUUGGAUUUUAUUUUUCCUAGUUUGAGAUUAAACAAAUGAGAUUCAGUUUUUGAAAUUUAAGGUAGAAAUUUAAAGUAUGCAAUUGUUCUAUUCUAAUAUAUAUGAAUAUUUAUAGAUAAAA